UCCUGCUCCGUCCUCUCCUCAGCCCCCUCCCGUGUCCCGGGCAGCCCUGCCCGGCACCGGCCGCUCCUGGUGGCCGGAGGCCGCCGGCGAGGGGAGCGGACGGGAGCCGCGCACCUCCGGGCGCGGGGGAACUAAUACAACUGUUCAGCUCUCCCCUGAGAAUGGUGUAAAGUAAAUAUAGGAGUUCCUGAAAAAUAACAGUGUGAAUGAGAGAGGCUCUCUGCAGUGUCCAGUUGUACUGGCUCCAAAGAACAGCAUCGUCGCAAUGCCCCCUCCUGCUGAUAUAGUGAAGGUGGCGAUUGAAUGGCCAGGUGCCUUCCCCAAGUUAAUGGAAAUAGAUCAAAAAAAGCCACUGUCCUCAAUAAUAAAAGAAGUCUGUGAUGGGUGGUCUCUUGCAAAUCAUGACCAAUUUGCACUGCAGCAUGCUGAUAGUUCUAAUUUCUACAUCACUGAGAAGAAUCGUAAUGAAAUAAAAAAUGGAGCCAUCCUUCGAUUAACAACAUCUCCCACUCAAAAUGCACAGCAGCUCCAUGAGAGGAUCCAGUCUUCUAGUAUGGAUGCAAAGUUAGAAGCACUGAAAGACUUAGCCAACUACUCACGAGAUGUUACAUUUGCCCAAGAAUUUAUAAACCUGGAUGGCAUUUCCCUCCUAACGCAAAUGGUUGAAAGUGGCACAGAACGAUAUCAGAAAUUGCAGAAGAUAAUGAAGCCCUGCUUUGGAGAUAUGUUGUCCUUUACACUGACUGCAUUUGUUGAGCUGAUGGAUCAUGGGAUUGUAUCGUGGGAUACAUUCUCUGUGGCAUUCAUUAAAAAGAUAGCAAGCUAUGUGAACAAAUUUGCCUCAGACAUCUCUAUCUUGCAACGGUCGCUGGCAAUCUUGGAAUCGAUGGUGCUCAAUAGCCAUGACCUGUACCAGAAGGUAGCACAGGAGAUUACAAUUGGGCAGCUAAUCCCACAUCUGCAAGGGACAGACCAAGAAAUCCAGACGUACACCAUUGCGGUGAUAAAUGCACUCUUCCUUAAAGCACCGGAUGACAAGAGGCAGGAAAUGGCAAACAUUUUGGCACAAAAGCAGCUUCGUUCCAUCAUCUUAACUCAUGUUAUCAGGGCACAGAGGGCCAUCAAUAAUGAAAUGGCACACCAGCUAUAUGUUCUGCAAGUACUUACGUUUAAUCUUCUGGAAGACAGAAUGAUGACAAAAAUGGAUCCACAAGAUCAAGCUCAGCGGGAUAUCAUAUUUGAACUCAGAAGAAUUGCAUUUGAUGCCGAAUCUGAACCUAACAACAGCAGUGGCAGUAUGGAGAAACGGAAAUCUAUGUACACUCGAGACUAUAAAAAACUUGGAUUUAUUAAUCAUGUAAACCCAGCAAUGGAUUUCACACAGACCCCUCCUGGAAUGCUGGCCCUUGACAACAUGCUGUACUUUGCCAAACAUCACCAGGAUGCUUAUAUUCGGAUUGUCCUGGAGAACAGCAGUCGAGAAGACAAGCAUGAGUGCCCAUUUGGUCGAAGCAGCAUCGAGCUGACAAAGAUGCUGUGUGAAAUUCUGAAAGUAGGAGAGCUACCCAGUGAGACCUGCAACGAUUUCCAUCCCAUGUUCUUCACCCAUGACAGAUCGUUUGAGGAGUUCUUCUGUAUCUGCAUUCAGCUUUUGAACAAGACAUGGAAGGAAAUGAGGGCAACUUCAGAGGACUUUAACAAGGUAAUGCAGGUAGUGAAAGAACAGAUAAUGAGAGCACUCACUACCAAGCCUAGCUCUCUGGAUCAAUUCAAGAGCAAACUUCAGAAUCUCAGCUACACAGAAAUACUGAAAAUACGCCAGUCUGAAAGAAUGAACCAGGAAGAUUUCCAGUCUCGUCCAAUUCUGGAACUAAAGGAGAAGAUUCAGCCAGAGAUCUUAGAACUGAUCAAGCAGCAACGUCUCAAUCGACUUGUGGAGGGCACCUGCUUUAGGAAACUCAACAGUCGACGUCGGCAAGACAAAUUUUGGUAUUGUCGACUUUCACCUAAUCACAAGGUCUUGCACUAUGGAGACUUGGAAGAAAGUCCACAGGGAGAAGUCCCUCAUGAUUCCUUGCAAGAUAAGUUGCCAGUGGCAGAUAUAAAAGCUGUUGUGACUGGGAAAGACUGCCCACAUAUGAAAGAGAAAGGAGCUCUUAAACAAAACAAGGAGGUGCUAGAGCUUGCUUUCUCUAUAUUGUAUGACUCAAGCGGCCAGUUGAAUUUCAUUGCUCCAGACAAGCAUGAGUAUUGUGUAUGGACCGAUGGUCUGAACGCCCUCCUUGGAAAGGAUAUGUUGAGUGACCUAACACGGAACGACCUAGACACGCUGCUCAGCAUGGAGAUAAAGCUACGCCUCCUUGACUUGGAAAAUAUACAAAUCCCAGAUGCUCCCCCACCUAUCCCAAAGGAGCCCAGCAACUACGACUUUGUUUAUGACUGUAACUGAGGCAGUCAUUGAAACUUGCUCUGAAACUGGAAAUACAUUAUAACUGGAGAGAUAUUAAAAAAAAAAAAAAAAAAAAAAAAAAAAAAAAAGAGUGUGAGGAAAAAAAGAAACCCACUUUUGCACCUUGUAUUUUGGCUUUGGGGAGGGAUGUAGAAACACUUGCAUUCCUCCCUGUUCCCUGCAUCCCUUCCUUCCCCAUUCCCAUCUUCCCCAUUGCUCAUCCAAAUCCACAUUGCUUUAAUUAACUUGUAAUUGCAGGCCAUUGGCCUUGCUUAAGGCAAAGACUGCCACUAAGAAGCACCCUCCUGAGGACUUUUUUUACAUUUUUAAUACUGGAAUAGACAUUCUUAACUAAAGGACAUUGUUAUCAAACUGCAUGCCUGUGAAACCCACUUGGCAGGGCAGAGGCUUUAACUGGAAGGAGGAGGGAGGUAGGGAGCAAAAGCAGCUACUGUAAGCAGAAGAUUUCCCCAGACACUCACAAGAGUCUGCUCACCACUGAAUCCAAUGUGAUGAUGAAAUUCGUUAACUGCUUCCCAGUGCUUGCACCAUCCGUCACUGUCAUUAUUCUCUCCACCGUCAUCUCAACUCUUGCCUCCAGCCUUCACCCAACGAUCGGCUCCCAGAAUGGAAAGUGCAGGUUUUUGCUGUACCAUACGCUGCAAUGCUGCAACAGCUUUUAACUUCUUUUCCUCCCAGCUCUUACAAUAACCCCACACUAGCAUAUCACUCGCACAAACCGUGUAUGAAGCCACUAGUGUGUCCCAUUCCUAUAGCGUUCCCUAAGCCUCAGUUGCCUCUGAAAUUGGCUUGUUGCUAUUUGAAGUGAUUUUUAUUUCCUUGGUCCAAAGUUCAACAGUAAUUUUCAAAAAUUAAUUACAACUGCCAAACAUCCAGGUUUACAUCAUUGUCAUUGCUACAGUGUUAGAAAUUUGCAAGGGAUUUUUUUUGUACGGGUUCUAAUUUUUUUAUUUUAUUUUGCCAAACAGAUAUAUUUAAUGAAAACCAGUUUCAUUGUGAGUACUUUUGGGGAACAAUAUUUUUACUUAAUUUUCAUUUGGAACAUUUGCCCUGAAGGGGAAAAAACACCGUUCCCUUCAACUUCACUGUUGAAUAAAAAUCUGAGUUGUGAUGA